UGAUGGCCUUCCUGUAGACUUGUUUAUUAAAGAAAUUCAUUCUGGAGCAUUGGAAGUGACAAGUGUUGAAUAUAGAAGUGUGACUGAGAUGUUAAUUGAAAAAGGAGUUGCUCUUCCUGCAGAAACGAGAAGAAGAAAUACUAGUCCAAAAAUCGAAGAAUUUAAAAAAUCAUCAAAAUCUACUAUUGAAAAUGCAUCAAAGUCUGAAAUAAAAUCACUGUCAUCAAUAACAACAAAUCCAUCGCAAUCACCUUCACCAUCGCCAACUGAAAACUUGACAUCAUUACAAGUGACUACAAAUAUGACAGUAACUGUCAAUCAAAAGGAAAAUGAGAAAAAAAUUGAUGACAUAAAUGCAUGGAAACCAGCUCCUGCUCCAACGAAGAAUGUUUUUUAUGGUGUUCCCACUCAUGUUGGAGAAGAUGGAUGCAUUUACUUACAACCGGAAGGAGAAACUGUAAAAAAUAAUUUACUUCUUAUAAAAAAUGCACUUAAAUUAAAAUAUGAAAAUAUUGAGAAUGAACCUGCAAAAUCAUAUCCUUCUGUUGGACAAGCAUGUGCUGCAAAAUUUUAUCUUGAUAAUUGUUGGCAUAGAGCAGUAGUUACUAAAGUAAAUCCUCCAAAUAUACAGGUUACUUUUGUGGAUUAUGGAAAUUCAGAAAAUGUGAAAUUAGAAAAUAUUCACUUAGAUAUUGUGUUAUCAGACAUUCCUAGACAGUGCAUUGAAUGUAUUCUUCAUGGUGUUGAGCCGAAAACAGAAAAUGGAGAAUGGUUGACUUCCACUUUAGACUUUAUUCACAAUAAUAUUGUUGAACGGAAAUGUAAAGUAGUGGUAAUGGAUCAGCCAUUACCAGACAAAAGAAUUCCUAUUAAAUUAUUCUGCAAUGACGUAGAUAUAACAAAGAUGAUAGUGGAAGUUGGUCAUGCCAAAUUAAAAAACCAAAUUGAGUCUCAAGAAGAAAAACAACCACACAAUCCCAUUUCCAAACAGAACAAUGAAGCUGCAGUAACUACGAAAGUAAAACCUGUUUUACCAUUUGAAACGGCCAUUCUUCCAGUGGUUGGAACGUUAUUUCCUGUAGUUGUCACUCAGGUUUUUAGUUUUGAUGCCAUUUGUAUUCAGAAACUUAGAAUUGAUAAUCCAGAAACAGACCAUGAAGAAGCAAUUAAUGAGGAGUAUGAUAAGUUUUUACUUAUGAUGGCAGAUCUGUCUCAAAAUGCUGAAUGCUUUCCUCAGCUUGAAAACAUUGACAUAGGAAUGGCAUGUUGCGGGAUGUAUACCUAUGAUGAUAAUUGGUAUCGUUGCAUUGUAACCAAUAAAGUCAAUGAUGAUGUUUUGGUCACUUAUGUAGACUAUGGAAAUUCAGAGGUUAUUCCUAUCAAAAGAUUAAGAGAAUUGCCAAUCAAAUAUUUUGCCCUACCACAACAGGCCAUUGGCUGCAAGUUGUCUGGUAUUAAACCAGUUGGUGGAGAGUGGACUGACGAAAUUGUAUCCAAAAUGGAAAUGAAAGUAUUUCCAAAAGAUGGAAAUUUAAUAGCCAAAAUCAAUAAAUGGGACGAAACACCAGAAAUCAGCUUGUUUGUGGAAAAUUUCGAAGGUGUGACAGUGCUAGCUUAUCAGAAUUUAAUAGACGAAGGAUUAAUUGAAAUUGAAGAGGACAUUUAAUAAAAUAUUUCUAGUUAAACGUAAUUUAGACAAGUAUUUGUUAAUGUCUUAUUAUGUCAUUAUGUAAAUAUGGUAUAAUUGUAUGCUUCUCUAAAAGUAUUACGUUUUAAUUAAACAGUCGUUUUAAAUCUUUUACUGUAUUUGACAGCUGUAGUUGUUUCAGAAAGAAUUUUCGUUUAUUGUUCAAUUUGCUUAUUUUCUUUCUGUUAGACAUUAUUUUAUUAUGGUUUUAUACUCUUAUCCAAUUUAAUAGCACAAGAUGUGUGUAAAAACUUUGAAAAACUUCAACUUUGUGACUUUGAUAUUUUGUAAUAAAAUUUCUUAAGUAUUGUGUACACGGUUUUGUAAUUUCAUAUAAUUCUAAACAUCGAUACUAAAGCUAAUUUACUCUGCUUAUUUUAAACCAGAAAUACGA